UAUUUUAUGGAUGUUACCAACUCCGGUAUCACAUGGAAGAAAAAAACAAUACGUCACUUGCCUUGCAUGACAAAACCACCGAAUAAAACAUCAAAACACACACACACAGUCACACACAGAGAAAGCAAAAAGAUGGGAGAACCAGACGACUUUCCUUUAUUUGAAACCAAGCUAGCUAAGGGACGAACCUUGUUCAAGCUUUAUGCAGCAUCAAUGGCGAUGGGUAUAUGUUUGAUAUGCGUUUAUAGAGCAACCCACACACCCGAAAAGGGCAAAACCGGAAGAUAUUUAUGGAUUGGGUUGUUCAUGGCUGAGCUAUGGUUCACCCUCUACUGGCUCAUAACCCAGUUGGUUCGAUGGAAUCCAGUCACACACCAGACCUUCAAAGAAAAACUCUCUCACAGGUAUGAAAACAUGCUUCCUGGUGUUGACAUAUUUGUCUGUACAGCCGACCCAGUAAUAGAGCCGCCAUUAAUGGUGAUAAACACGGUGUUAUCCAUGAUGGCAUAUGAUUACCCAUCGGAAAAGCUCAACAUUUAUGUCUCCGAUGAUGGUGGAUCAGUGUUAAUGUUCUAUGCACUUCUAGAAGCUUCUCGUUUCUCCAAACACUGGCUACCCUUUUGCAAAAGGUACAAGAUUGAGCCACGUUCACCCUCAGCUUACUUUGCUCAUGCAUCUCCUAUCAACAACGAAUGGUCAUCCAUCAAGAAUAAAUAUGAAGAAAUGAGGAAACGAAUCGAUGACACCACAAGUUUAGGGAAAGUGACAGAAGAAAUGAGAAAAGAGCAUAAAGGGUUUCAAGAAUGGGUUUUGGGUUCAAACAAAAAUGACCAUCAGGCUAUUAUUCAAAUACUAAUUGAUCAAAGAGAUCCUGAAGCAAGAGAUACAGAUGGGAAAAGUUUGCCAGGUUUGGUAUACAUGGCACGUGAGAAGAGACGUGAAUGGCAUCAUAACUUCAAAGCUGGAGCCAUGAAUGCUCUGAUACGAGUGUCAUCAAAGAUAAGCAACAACCCAAUUAUUCUAAAUGUAGAUUGCGAUAUGUACUCAAACAAUUCAGAAUCCAUACGAGAUGCCAUGUGUUUUUUCAUGGAUGAAAAAAGGAGUGAAAAGAUUGCAUUCGUACAGUUCCCACAGCACCAUGAUAAUCUUACAAGAAAUGAUAUUUACAGCAAUGCUUUGAUGGUCAUCAAUGAUGUGGAGCUUGGAAGUUUGGACUCUUACGGGGGGUGUCUAUACAUCGGAAGUGGUUGCUUUCACAGAAGAGAUACUCUCUGUGGCAGAAUCUAUACCCUAGACACAAAAAUUAAUUGGGAGAAACAAAAUCAUAAAGAAAUUACAGAAAGUAUUGACGUGAUCGAAAACGAAUGCAAAAUUCUUGCAAGCUGUAACUACGAAUACAACACUCAAUGGGGAAAAGAGAUGGGAUUAAAGUAUGGAUGUCCCGUUGAAGAUAUUAUUACUGGACUUUCCAUAAAAUGUAGAGGUUGGAGAUCUGUCCACUUAAACCCAAAAAGAAAAGGGUUCUUAGGACUUUCUCCAACUACACUGUUACAGACACUUAUACAGACAAAAAGAUGGGCAGAAGGUGACUUCCAGAUAUUCUUAUCCCAAUACUGCCCCCUUGUAUUCGGGCACAACAAAAUUCCACUGAGACUUCAAAUUUCUUAUUGCUGUUACCUCUUAUGGGCUGCAAAUUGUUGGGCUACGCUAUAUUACGUUUCUGUCCCUUCUUAUUGUCUCCUCGCACACAUCUCUCUAUUCCCAAAGUUAUCAAGCUACUGGUUUCUACCUUUUGCGUAUGUAUUUGUUGGAAAAUACGCAUACAGUUUGGGGGAGUUUUACUGGUUAGGAGGGACAGUAAAAGGUUGGUGGAAUGACCAAAGAAUGUGGUUGUACAGAAGAUUAACUUCUUACCUUUUUGGAUUCUGUGAUGUUAUCUUCAAGUCAAUGGGGUUCACCACUUCUGGUUUUGUCAUCACAUCAAAGGUUUCUGAAGAAGAUACGUUACAGAGAUACAACAAAGAGAUCAUGGAAUUUGGUGCCACGUCACCAAUGUUCAACAUUUUAUCAACACUUGCACUCAUUAAUGUUCUCAGUUUUGUUAAUGGAGUAAAGUGGGUGGUUAUGGAUUCAGACAUUAAUGGUUUUAGUGAGUUAGGGGUACAGAUGGUUUUGUGUGGUUUGAUAAUUCUCAUUAACAUUCCAUUAUAUGAAGGGAUGUUCUUUCGUAAGGAUAAUGGUAGCAUGCCCUCUUCUGUUACCUUCCAGUCAACUAUUUUAGCUGUAUUAUUUUGUGCACUAGCCAUUAUUUAGAUUGCAUCAUGUAAAAAUAUGUCUACUACGAACUCAUACUCUAAGUUAUUUAUUAAAGC